AAAAUUAGAAGCCAGCGAGCGGGCUUUGCGUGGCAAGGAGGCUGCCGCUCCUGGAUGGGUGCAAAGCGCCGUCACUCUCGCCCAAGGAGGCGGCGCCUCUAUUCCGUCAGCGCCUCUCUCGCCUACCCGAGCGAGGAAAGAGGACGCGGGAGGCAGACGGACGAGGAAAGUCGGAGCGGGGACACAGCGGGGCAGCAGAAGUCAGCCGCGGACCUCGUCCAGCAGCGAGAGGGAGGAGAAGCAGCAGCAGCCCCAGCCAAGCGGCGGGGAAGUUGCAUGAGCGACCCCUGAGCGAGCGCUGUGCCCGAACCCCCUGCUCGCUCUCCCCGCAGCGUCUCUCGUGCGCGCUGGGGACCGAGGAGGGGAGGCCGCCUCACUUGGGACCCGAGAAGGCGGAGGCGUCCUUGGAGGAAGGGGGGCAGCGGCUGCCAUGAAGGCCAGCGGGGAUCAGAAACGGGACGAGGCGGCCGCCAGCCCGGGCGACCCCUGGAAGGAGUGCAUGGAGGUGGCGGUGCAGCUGGCGCUCCGGGCGGGACAGAUUAUUAGCAAAGCUCUCACUGAGGAAAAACAGGUGUCUACCAAAACUUCUGCAGCAGAUCUUGUGACAGAAACAGAUCACUUUGUGGAAAACUUAAUUGUUUCUGCUCUGAAAGAAAAAUUUCCCUCUCACAGGUUUAUUGCUGAAGAAGCUACCGCUGCUGGUUCAAAGUGCAUUCUCUGUGACAGCCCUACCUGGAUUAUUGAUCCUGUUGAUGGCACCUGUAAUUUUGUACAUAGGUUUCCGACUGUGGCCGUCAGCAUUGGAUUUGCUGUUAAUCAAGAGCUUGAAUUUGGUGUAAUUUAUCACUGCACGGAAGAACGAUUAUACACUGGUAGAAGAGGUCAAGGGGCAUUUUGUAAUGACAAAAGGCUUCAGGUAUCAAAAGUGACAGAUAUCUCAAAGGCCUUGAUUUUAACAGAGAUUGGCCCAAAACGAGAUCCUGACACUUUGAAACUAUUUCUCAGCAACAUGGAGCGAUUGCUCAAGGCCCAAGCUCAUGGGGUUCGUGUGAUUGGAAGUUCCACGUUGGCGCUUUGUCUUCUAGCAUCUGGUGCUGCAGAUGCAUAUUACCAGUUUGGCUUGCAUUGUUGGGACUUGGCGGCAGCUACAGUUAUUAUCAGAGAGGCAGGUGGUGUUGUGAUGGAUACUUCAGGUGGACCUCUAGAUCUAAUGUCAUGCCGAGUAGUUGCAGCAGGUACCCAGGAAAUGGCUGCAUUCAUAGCUCAGGAAAUUCAGACUAUUCACUAUAGACGAGAUGAUGAGAAUUGACCGGACUUACAUAUUCCUGGAAACAAGGAAACUUGUCCUUUUGGAACUACAUUGCUUCCUUCAGGAUGGCUUGCUUAUAGGAUAAAUUGUUUAAUUGUAUGUUUCUUAAUACAGUCUAUAUAGCAAAGGUAUUAUGAAAAAAAAUUACUUGCAUUAUAGGAAGGUGAAGGGAAAUUUUUAAUUUUUGUAAGCUUCUUGGCCCCCUUUUAAUGAGAAUUUAUUUCAGCUAUGCUUUUUUUUAAAAAAAUCCCAGGUAUCCCAGAUUGAGUUUGCUUCUUGCCUCCUUUAGGCUGAAGCAGAGGGGAAGCGGGGUUUGUACCACAUUCAAAUAUAAAUAAAACUUUAUUUUUGCA